CAGGAUUUUUAAUAUUCGAUUCUAAACGAAGCGUGGAUUUUUGCUUACUGUUUAAGAAGAACUAUGUUAUUAUUACCCUUGUUUUAUUGUUUAAAGGAAAUAAAAAUAAUAUGAGUGAUAUCGAUCUUGAAAAUUUUCGUUUGCAAUUAGCACAAGUGGAAGCCGCGUUGGCCAUGGAUCCUAAUAACUCGCAGCUAAUGAAAUUAAAAGAAGAUCUGGAAAAAGUUAUAACAGUAUCUUCAGAACUCUUGGAAUUAAGCUGCAAAACAGCUUGGAAAGUUGGAGAAGUUUGCCAGGCUGUUUAUAGUAUUGAUGGCCUAUACUAUGAAGCCGUCAUCUCCGAAAUACAUCCUAAUGGGACUUGCACGGUCACUUUUGUUGAUCAUGGAAGAUCCGAAAUAGUUAACUGUUCGUCCAUUAGAAAAGCUACAAUCUCUACACAUUUCAAUCCUGGUGUCACCAGCAAAAUUAAAAAAGUGGAUGCGAGUGAGAUCACUCCUCAGCAAAGAGCGGCUCUUAGAGAAAAAAAGCGAAUCAGGCAACUUAAAAAAAAAGCUCGUCUUAUUGAGCUUGAAGAGAAACGUGAAAAAGAAAAGGAACGGUGGCUGGCCUUUAACCGAUCUGCGGGUGGUAGAGCGAAGUCCGGUUUUAUGGCAGGCAAGGCAAAGCCAAGUAUCUUUGCAUCCACCACUGAAGGUAAGGUUGGGGUUGUGGGAUCCGGAAAAGGUAUGACAAACUUUCGGCGGCGCAUUAAAGCGGACUCUACAAAAAGAUUAGACGUCGCCUCUUUUGUCGUACCAUCUUCAGCGUUGCCGAGUAAAUUCUCUCCAGUCAAUCCCACCAAUCGUUGCUUUAUUUUGCUUCGAACUGCAAAAUGUUGAUCAAUUCUUCUGCUCUUGUUAAAUAUGACCCGAUAGUUUUUGUUGUCGUCAAGGCCUAACGAAAUUAAAGAAAUCCCAAAAUUUUGGCAAAUGCGGUUAAUAGCGACGGUUGAGCUUUGCCUCCUUAACGGUUCGACCAGAGAGAGUUGCCUGUU